CCUCCUCUCCCUGUCCGUGCCCCGCUGCUCCGUCUCCUCCCGUCUCGCCGGCCCUGCCCGCCAGGACAUGUUGAAGAAGGAAGCUCUCCUCCUCGUUCCCAACGUGCUGAAGGUGUUCCUGGAGAACAGGCAGAACAAGUCCUUCACGUUCGAUGGCCGAACCACCGUGAAGUGGCAGCGGCCCAGCCUGGCCGCUGCUUGGUGGCUCUCGGGAAGCUGCCGCCCGCAUGGCCUGCUCCUCCCUCAUCCCCAUCAGAGGCAUCUCCACCCCUCACCCAAGCCACCUCACUUUCUCCAUGGCAGGAGGAAAGCCACCAAGCCAAACAGGAGAACGGAGGACCUGCUAAGGCUCCCCGCUGCCUGGCUCACCUCUCCAUCUCCAUCCCUCUUGCUCCACCUCCCACCCAGGGGACUCCAUGCUGACGAGAAGCAGCCAGCCACCACGCUCCUGGUGGGCCCCCGACACGGCAUCAGCCACGUCAUCGACCUGAAGACCAACCUCACCACGGUGCUGUCGGAGUUCAGCAAGGUCAGCAAGAUCCAGCUGUUCCGGGAGAACCAGGGGGUGGCCCGGGUGGAGACGAGCAUCCUGGAUGCCAAGCCGCUGGUGUUGCUGAUGGAGUGGCCUGAAGCCACCAACUUUGCCUGCCUGAUCGCAGGCUACUGCCGUCUCCUGGUGGACUCCAAGAAGAUGAUCUUCUCGAGGCCUCCCAGCCAGCCGCCACCUCCUCAGAUUAUCAAGGCAGAUUACAUCAACGCACACAACCUGCACCGGCCCACCGCCGUGGGGCAUGCGGGGAAGAAAGAGAGCGGGUUCGUGGGUGGCACUGCCUCCAGCCCCGGAGAAGCCCGGGCUCAAACUGCCAGGGCUUCGGACUCGGAGCUCGUCAGCUUUUGUUACCUGCACAUGCGAGAGCAGAGGAAGGAGAGAGAGAGCAGGACAGAUAUCAAUGAAAACCUGAUAUUUUUUGAGGAAACUCGUCCCAGGACCAAAUCUGACCCCACUUCCAAAAGCUCCGGCCAAGGCUAUGACGGUGUUGCAAAUGAGUAUGACCCGGAUGGCCUUGACCGAGACCACCAUGCAAGUAGGGCCAGGGCCCACACCAUCGACACCCACUUGAGGAGUGAUGCCUCGCAAUUUUACUGUGAUUCCUGCAAAGCCAAAAUCAAGAGCCGGCUGGCCUCGCGGAAGGGCGGCAAGCCUGGCAGCGCCCGUGACAACAUGGUGGACUUGAUGUCACUUCCCCCUCCUGGGAGCGAUGAAGAAGAAGAUGAGACGACGUCCCUGCUUCCUGCCAUCGCUGCCCCCCCUCCUGGCUUCCGAGACAACAGCUCGGACGAGGACGACCCCAAGCGCCGGGCGGCUGCCCAGAGCCAGGAGCAGGGCCGGCACCUCUGCAGCCUCCUGUAUGAUGAGAUCCCCGUGACGCUGAUAGACAACGUGCAAACACGGACAGUCCGAGACCAUGCCCAAGAGUUGGAUGAUGCCCUGGUGUCCACCCUGCAGGCUCUGGAAGCCCUGGCUGCUUCAGAGGAUUGUCCCCAUCCGCCACCACAGCAGACAGCAGGUCUUAUUGUCCUGGCUGCCAUCACUCCUGAGUCAUCCUUGGAUUCUGGCCAUGAAACCAACUCUUCGGAGCUAACUGAUGUCUCAGAGAUGGUCUCUGCUAUGAAGCAGCAUCAGAAUGCAGCCUACUUCCUUGCACAGCACAUCAACAAAGAAAACCUCCUGGCAAGGAAGGACUUACCUUUCCGAAUCCAGAGCUGCGCUGCCCAGGCUGUUCUCACCUCGCCCUACCCCCUCAGCCACCAGGAGCCGAGCCCUUCGUUGAAGCCAAAUCUCUCUCACCCGAGCCCCAAUCUUACCAACUGCAAGAGCAAACAGGAGCAGCAGCAAGUUGAGCAGAGCUACACCUUGGCUGUUCAGCCAGUGCUGUCCCCGCAGCUUAAUGAGCAGAACAGGGGGGCUCCAGUGCCAGCUUCUGAAUGCAAAGGUGCUGGCCACGCGAAAGCUGCCUUUGAGGCAUCUCUGCACACCACAGCAGCCUUGGGCGGGGAGCAGGCACAGGAUUUACGAGAGACGGCGCCCAAAGAGGUCCGGCCGAGUCCCAAGCUCCUUCUGGGUCAGAAGAGUGGUGUGACUCCAGCCUUCAUUUCAGCUGCUCUGCAGCAAGCGGCAAAGGCCAAAGGCUCAGCUUCCCCAAUGCUUGCAGCUCCAACAGAAGACAAGAACAUCAAUGGGACCAGCAGCUUUGCAUCGUCCAGCAGCAAGCCUUUGAAACUUAAAGGAGGUCAACAAACUGAAGAAACAUUAUGCAACUGUCAGCAGCAGCAGCAGCAGCAACUGUCUCAGCAGCAACAUAGUGAAGUUUCUGCAAGUCCUAAAGAAGCUCCUGGCGGUAGGGCUGAAACUUCCCACCUUGCCUCACCAGGUGAGGAAAUGAUGCUUGGUAAGACUUUUCUCUCUAAAAGCUACCAGCAAAAAGUGAGUAGAGAUCCCCCAGGAAAAGCACCAAGUGGAGAGCCAGGUCAGAAGGCAGCGGGGGAAGCCACGAACCUUGUCUUUCAGAGACACACGGCUCCUUCAAACCUAGGAGAGAAAAUGCAACAGGAAAAUUCAGCCAAAAGUUUAAAAGUUGAGAGUGGCAGUCUGCACUCUCCGUCACCUGGUAGCACUUUCAGGAGUACCAGUGAGGAUCCCAAAGGGCCAAUCCAGCUGGUGCCCAGGCCCGAGAGCCUGCAAAUCAGCACUGUGCCUUGUAAAAAAGUAGAAAAAGUCCUGGAGGUGACCCAGCAAGAUGCUAACGUCCCAGCUAAACCCAAAGCUCCAAAAGCUCCCUUCAGGUUGAGGAACUUAUUCUCUGCAACGUUUCCUACACGGCUGAAGAGAGAGACUGACGAGCGGCAGGCCCAGCUGCAGAAGGUGAAGCAGUAUGAGCUGGAAUUCCUCGAAGAGCUGCUCAAGCCAAAGGGCAAAGGUGACCUCCCCCCACAGGAAUAUCUGCAUCCUCCUGCCCCUGGGCGCUGCAGCUGCCAACUAAGGAGCAGUCCUGUGCAAAAAGUCCCAGGGAUGUCCAGGGAGCAAAGGCGCAGCUGUGACUGCAAGCGGAUUUGCAGGGGGGUGAGGCCACCCCCUAACCAGCUGGUGAUGCCAGAACUGGAGAGGCGAGGGAGGGAGAAAGCUACUGAAAACCAGAAGCAGGCAGAAGCAAUUAGGUUGACAAGCGUGAGCAGCCCUUCCAAGGGCAAGCGCAUACGAUCUACAAGUUUAGAGUCUAGAGAUUACCGGUCAGAUCCAGAGAAUAGCGUGUCAUGUUUGACCACGUGCACCUCUCGAGGGGAAUGCGUGGGUGCUCCGCACUACAAGAAGCUCUUGCGUCGCUACAGUGUCAGUGAAAUAGAUAAGACUGAUAGGACAUCCCUCUCCUCUGACAUCUACCAGAACAUCUAUACUGUAAAGCAGAAAGGCCUCCAGAAAGAGCCUGAGCCCAGCACCCACGGCUCUGCUCUGAAAAGCAAAAUCCAGGAAGCCUCUGGAGUGCCUGACCCAUCUUAUGUCCAAAUAGCACAGGAGAAAAAGAACCAGAAAGGUUCAGCAGUAUUCUCUGUCCAGGAGGAGAUGUAUGCAAGUCCUGCUGAGCUGCGGGAUGAAGAUAUGGAGGAUGAGAAGUGCUGCUCCAUCCGAUACUGCUUCUACUACAGGAAAUGUGAUGUUGCCGAUGAUGGGAGCGAGAAGGAUGAGCUGUCCUAUUCCAUCCCCAUGCAGAUACUCCCAGGAAUGAAGCUGGACAAUCAGAUGGUCCCAGUCAUGAGCAGGACCCUUCAGGUUCUAGAUGCAACAGCCUGCAGCAGUCCCAAUGGCAGUCAAACCCAGGAAAUAGAUUUAAGGACCUCCACUUUUGAGGGGAGCCUGGCAAAAAUCAACACCCUUCGAGGCCAGGCCUACAGCUUACCGGAUGGGUUUCUGCAAGUGCAGCUGGACACCAACGAGCUCCUGACUAUCCUGAGGCAGUGUGUGGUGAGCCCUGAGGUCCGAGACUGCAAACCUUACAUCUCCCAGCUGGCUGAGUACAAGCAAGAACUCGCCCUCAAGUUCAAGGAGUUCCGGGCGUCCUGCCGCCGCGUGGCAGCUGUGGACAAGAGUCCUACCCACAUGCUCUCCGCCAUCACGAGCAGCUUCCAGGUGCUAAGCAGCCUCAUCGAGACAUUUGUGAGGCUGGCGUACAUCGUACGCUCAGAGUCCCAGCGCCAAGAGCUGCUGACCAAGGUGGAGGAAGUGGUGAGAAACUAUACCUUCCUCCUGCGGGCCGCAGAGGAGUCCACGGCCAGAACGCUGAGCCACCAGCACACGGUGGAGCAGCUAGCUCGCCAGUCGGCCACGGUCGCCACUGUUAUGAGUACGCUCACACGCUCCCUAAAGACACUGAUCAACAAGUAAGCCAGCUACGAAAACCAACAAGCCAGUGCGUGCCAAGCUGUGUGUCAGUGGUUCUCGUUCACGUAGGUCUGGUGAGGAUGGGUGUCUGGAAAGCCCACGUCUACUGGGGUUUCUAACGGCCAAGAUGUUCUUUAAUUUCUCUGCGGAAUGAAGGGUUACGUUGGUGGAGUUUUUGAAGGGUAAAUUCAGGCCCCGUAGCAAGCUGUCCCACCAGCUUGUCCGGGAGCCUCAAGCAGCUGCUCUGCUUGCGCUCCCAUGCUGGCUUCUCAACGACCUUACUCGGGAGGCACAGUCGCCCCGUCUCCAUGCUAGCUUGGUUUCGUGCGGUCCUGGGCCUCCCUUGUACAAAGACCUGACACUGUCUCCCGUUGUCACAGUGUGCCAGGCCAGUGAGGUAGCAGGAACUAAGCUGAGAUCUCCUGGCUUCACUUGGGUAGUGGUCUAGUCUGGAGCCAAACCAGUGUCUUGCCACGUAAACAGCUCUUCUGCCUCCAGGGUCUCCCUGGCCCACAAAUGCAACAUAACUAGCAGCAGAGGGCAUCUCUGAGGUGCAAGCCCUGCUGCUAAGCUAGGGCUUGGGAAGUAGUCCUAGCCUGGGGAGGGUGCCGUGAUGCUGGGACAGAGCCCUAGCAGGCUCUGCUGCCACAGCCAAGGCACCGGUGCCCUAGUCCUGAUCACAGGCACUGACUUGUGCAAAAGGUGACAGCCUAAUGCGUCCGAGUAGGGAGCCCUUCCCCUUCCUCUGCUGGGUGGCGGUAUCCCCGCUAGAGAGCCUGCAGGCACCCUGAUUGCUCUGUGAUCAUUGCAAAGCCACAAGCUGGGCUAGCAGCUAAGAGGAGACCUCUUUCACACCAAUCUCCAGAGGUCGGGUCCGUUUCUCAAAGGCUUGCCCUCUCCUAUUUCUUUUUGCAAUGCCCCUUAGAGAGGAAGGCCAGCUCAGGUUGGUCUGGGAGCCACGGCUUGCUCCUGAGCCGAGCAGCGCUGCCUGCCCUCGGUGCGAGGGGCUGGGGUCCUUCUUCUGGCUCUGCUGGACUGACUGCCAUGAGAAGGUUAUUUAGUACUAUGCCAUGGAUGUUCGUUUGGAGGUUUUUGGGGGGGAGGGGUUGGUUUUGGUAUUGGUUUUACUUUCAGACGAAUGGUAAAAUGAUUCCUAAUUGUUUUCCUUCAUACCCUGCGCUUCCCCUCCUCCUCCCAGUCUAACUUCUAGACCUAAUGAAUCAGAUCGCCUUAACUGGUGCUUCAGGGCACUUACCCACCCUCCAAAACAGAGCGAGGAGAAAAUGCAAGGUUACGCAUUCAGCCCGUACUGUGCCACCCACCACACUUCACCCACGCAUGGGGAGAGCAGGCCCCGCAAGGAUCCCUGCGUCGCUCCCCAACGCACCCUUAUCCAAAAGGGAGGUCAUGGGAUUCGCCUCAUGGGGCCAGAUAUCAGGAAGGAGAAGGGUUAUCACGCUCAGCUGGCUUGCCCCAUCGCUGGUUGAGCGCAUGGAGCUGAUCAGGGAUCGCCAUACGAUCAGUCACCUCCCAUCUCUGUUAUUUUUUAUAGAAUACGCACAUUUGAAAUCUCUUGUUCUUCCAUAAGAGUUAUGGAAAUGCACAAUGUGCUUUUAACAUGCGCAUCCUCUACUGAGUGCAAUAACGUACCCUGGCCUGUGGCUGUCCCGGACUUUGGCCGUUGCUGUCAGCGAGGCCGAGAGGAUCUUGCUAUGUGGGCACAGCACCCUCUUGCCUCCUGCUUUCAAGAACCAUGUAGCAAAUAUACAGUGGAAGAGCCAAUUCGGAUUUCAGUCCAUGGUGGGCAAAGCCUGUUAUAAUGCUGAAGGCCGACAGGGAGCCGUGUUUUUCUUUUCCCGUGAAUUAUCUAUUAAGAAACUAUGAGUUUCCUUGAGCUCCCCGUUAUGCCUAUAUCGUUCCUCCUUAAAUCUCUCAGUCUAAUA